UAAGCUUCACAAGCAAACUUGUAAAUAAUAACAUGAGAGAGAAAGAAGAACCGUCGUUGUGAAGGUCAAACUCAACAAACACUUUGAAAACCCCUUACCGCUGUAAUCUCCGUCAUCUCCGGCGAUAUUUUUCCGGCGAUUGAUGCUCCAUUUCAUCGCGAAUCUUCUUCAACGCUUGACGGUGGUGGUGCCGGUGACAUUCACAAGUAGUCGAAUAAUAUUAUUAUGAGGAGAAACCACAACAAACCUAACAAUGAUAAGCAUGACAUCAGCAAUGGCUUAAUACCUAACUCGUUUAGAUUCAUUUCUUCUUGUAUCAAAACCGUAUCCACUAACGUCAGAUCAGUUUCCGGUGAUUCUUCCGAUGAACUUCGAAAAGAUCAGGUCCUGUGGUCUUGCUUCGAUAGAAUAGAGCUUAGUCCAACUAUCGUGAAGCAUGUUCUCCUGCUUGGUUACUCCAAUGGUUUUCAAGUCCUUGAUGUUGAUGAUGGUUCUAAUUUUAUUGAACUGGUUUCAAGUCGUGAUGACCCAGUCACAUUUCUACAAAUCCAGCCUACCCCUGAACAGACGAAAGGCCAAGAGGGAUUCAAAAUGUCACACCCCUUGCUAUUGGUUGUGGCUAGUGAAGAAACAAGCCCAUCAAAUAAUGAAAGGGAUGAAUCUCAGAUGGAAAACUCUAUGUACUCUCCUAGAACUGUUCGGUUUUACUCUUUGAGGUCUCACAGUUAUGUUCAUGUCUUACGAUUCAGGUCAACUGUGUAUAUGGUUAGAUGCAGUCCACGGAUAGUGGCUGUAGGUCUUGCAUCACAGAUAUAUUGCUUUGACGCACUUACUCUUGAAAACAAGUUUAGUGUGCUCACUUACCCAAUAUCUCAACUGGGUGGUAUUAAUAUUGGGUAUGGGCCAAUGGCUGUGGGGCCCAGGUGGCUGGCUUAUGCUUCCAACAAUCCCUUAUUGUCAAAUACCGGACGCUUAAGUCCUCAAAACCUGAGUCCUUCUCCAGGUGUUAGUCCUUCAACCUCACCUGGCAGUGGAAGUUUGAUGGCUCGAUAUGCCAUGGAAUCCAGCAAGCAGCUCGCUAGCGGUCUUAUUAAUCUCGGAGACAUGAGCUACAGAACUUUGUCAAAGUAUUCCACCUCUCCCGUUUCAUUCAAUUCCAGUAGGAAAGCUGGUCGGGCUGUGGCUCAUUCAACCGAGAAUGAUAAUGCUGGAAUGGUUGUGAUUAAAGAUUUUGUAUCUGGAGCCGUUGUUUCACAAUUUAGGGCCCAUGCAAGUUCCAUAUCUGCACUAUGUUUUGAUCCAAGCGGGACUCUAUUGGUCACCGCAUCGGUACAUGGGAACAACAUUAACAUUUUCCGGAUCCUUCCAUCCUCCUCACAAUGUGAUUCAGGAAGCCAAAACUUUAAUUGGAAUUCUGCUCAUGUGCAUCUUUACAAGCUCCAUCGUGGCAUGACAUCCGCUGUGAUACAAGACAUUUGUUUUAGCCAAUAUAGUGAAUGGAUAGCUGUAAUUUCAUCUAGGGGCACAUGCCACAUUUUUCUAUUAUCUCCUUUUGGCGGCGAGACUGGUGUUCAGUUACAAAACUCCAAAAUUAACGGGCGAGCACUUUCAGAUUUUGUAUCAUUACCUUGGUGGUUUACUUCAUCUUUCACAAAUGAUAAAUCAUUGUCACCACCACCGCCAGCAGCAGUAACUCUAUCUGUGGUUAGCAGAAUAAAAAACGUUAAUUUUGGGUGGAUUAAUUCGGUUGGCAAUGCUGCAUCUGGAAGGACAUCAGUGCCACCUGGCGUCAUUGCUGCCACUUUCUACAGUUGUAUAUGCCGAAAUUCUGCACCUUCUGUCUCAAAUGUGGAAACGUUAGAGCACCUGCUGGUGUAUAGUCCAUCUGGCUAUGUAAUUCAGUAUGAGUUGUUGCCUUCUAUAGGGAGAGAGCAAGGUGAAUCUCCUUUGAAGGAAGAUGAAGACUUGCGGGUAAAAGUCGCACCGGUUCAAUGGUGGGAUGUUUGCCGAAGAACAGAUUGGCCCGAAAAAGAGGAGUUUGUAGGCGGGGACUCUCUUACCGGACACGGUUCAGUAGAAACUGUCAUGACUAGUUCUGAUGAUGAAGAUGGUAAACGCCAAGAACGAUCCCGUUGGUAUCUUUCUCACGCUGAGGUGCAAAAGAAGUCCGGGAGAGUUCCCGUUUGGCAAAAGUCCAAGAUAUGUUUCUAUGUGAUGGCCCCACAGUUAUGUGAAUCAGUAAAUAACACCGAGGGGGAGGUUGAUAUCGAAACAAUCCCGGUAAACGAAAUUGAAGUUAGGCAGAAAGAUUUACUGCCUGUUUUUGACAGCUCUCGUGUCGUUCAUCCUGGUUGGAUAAACCGCGGAGUAUUUACUGCUGGUAGAUAUUCUGCUUCGUCUUCCAACACUGGUAGUGGCAAUGAAAAGUUUCCUCAAGAUUCCACAGUCUCUCAUGGGUCAUCACGGGAACCUGCAGACGUACAAAACCUAGAACAGAUGGAACCAUGGAUAUCUUAUCCUAUUCUUGCUUCAACUGUAAAUAAGAAUGACAGUUUGAAUAGGGCGGGUUCUUUUACUGGUUUCGAUGGCUUGUUAUCUUCUGGUCUUGAUGAAAUCAUGAGUUCUCCAUCUCCGGUUGACGGCUCAACCGCUGCUGGAGCAACCGUUGCUAGUGAGGGUUCGAACCCAGGUCCUAACCAUUUUGACUCGAGUAUGAAUAUUGUUGAUAAAGUUCAAACGCAUGAAGAAGAGUUUGGGCGUGAUUACUGCAAAGCGUCUACUGAGGAAGAAGGUUGUAAAGCUGAUGAAAUGGCUGAUGUUCAGAGGAAAAUAUCCGACGAAGAUGGCGAUAGUGAUGAUAACAUGCUUGGAGGGGUGUUUGCGUUUGAAGAAUGUUGAUGGUGAAUGAGAAGUGCAAGUGAGAGGUGAAGUGUGUUGGUACAAUUCUUGGUUUCUGAUUCUUGUGUACAUGAUUAUGUACAGUAGUAGUACAUUACUUGUUUCAAAGUUAAGAAGAAACAUGGACAUUCUUUAAACCUGAAAUGUUAAGUCAUGGGUUUCAUACA